AUGAGUUUAAUGGAAUACAGGACGGAGGGAGGAAGAUCUGCUUAUCAUUGGAGCGAAGAAGAACCUGUUGGUCUAGGACAAAGAGGGAUGAGAAUGGCGGCUCACAGUGUUCUUUAUCAACUUCAUAAAAAACUAAAUGAAAAGAAGGAUAAGGAAGCACUGGAGGAAGCAUUUAGAAAAGCAGAUUUAAAUGGAGAUGGACGACUUACAGUAGAAGAAAUAUUUGCUAUAUUCAAGGAUCAUGAGGUGCCAGUCUCAAUAGAAGAAAUCAGAGAGGUUGUGAUGGCCGCAGACAAGGAUGGUACAGGACAGCUUACUGUGCAGGAGUUCUCAAACAGUCCUAAAGCUGUUGAAACAGUUCAGGAGGGAAGGGGGGAGGACGCAAACAAGAAGGAAGUUACAAAAUCUCCUGCACCUCAACGGUAA